ACGACACGAACAUUCUCAGUUUUGACGGAAACCCCGGCCGGAACAUGUGGAGAUCAGGAUACGCCGUGACCCUAUUGGCUGCUGUCACCUAUGCCUCCCUGCCUCUACCGUCCUAUAUCAAGCCAUGCGCGCGCAGUGACCCUGACUUCAACAUCUGCGCACUGCAGCACGCGAAGGAGACUUUCCCAGUCUUCGUGAAGGGCGACAGGAAGUACAAGAUACCGAGGAUGGAUCCCCUGGAGAUAGCUGAGAUGGAGAUAUCUGAGGGGCCGAGCAAUGGCGGCUUGUCUCUGUCCAUGCGCAAUGUCAAGAUGUAUGGGCUGAAACACGCUGUACUUCAGAAAACGGAAUUCGACUUCGACAGGAACCACGUGAUGUACGACACGAACAUUCCUGUCCUCACGAUUCUCGGAGAGUACGAGGUUUCGGGACGGAUCUUACUGUUGCCAAUAUCAGGCAAAGGGGACAUCAACAUCACACUGAUCAACAGUCACCUCACGUACUCGUACGACUUCGACAUCGUGGAGAGAAACGGCAACAGAUACCACGUGACCAAGAACCAUAAGGCCGUUGUGGAGCCCACCGUGGGGCUGUACCAUCUGUCCAACUUGUUCAACGGCGAUAAACUGUUGGGAACUCAAGUUAACGGCUUCCUCAACGAGAACUGGCAGGAGAUCUACAGGAGCAUGUCCCCGGCAAUUUCGGAGGCUUUCGCCCAGGUCGUAGGCAACAUCGUCAACACCAUAGCGAGCGGGUUACCAUACGACGCGCUAUUCCCAGUGACGGGGCAUUGAAGGGGGAUCAAGCACACGGCGCCGUGACGCCAAAUAUGUCGUCGUUCUUAUAAACAUGUUACGACUGACGCGAACUGUAAUAAUGACACUCGUGACCGAGCGAUCAGUGACGUCACGGGUGGCAGGAACAUCUUUCAUUGUCACGUCAGUCACUAGGCCUGCCUAUAUGCGUCCAGGGUUCGGAACCAGAGGAAACUCCGAAGUGUUGGCCAGGUUCCGGCAUGACAACAAACAAGAUACUUACAGGAAUACAUUCACUCUUAGGUUACUGGAUCUGUUACGAAAUUGGCAAAAUUUACCCACACAAAAUAAGUAUAAAGACUGUAUAUACAUUUUAAAGCGAAUAAAGUACUUCCUUUCCACACAGCAAA